UAGUACUCGUAUUAACAAACAUAGUCAAGCUAGUUGAGAGCAAACUAACUCGUUGAGUGUAAAAGAUAGUUGUUUUUCAUUGGAUGCUAAUUUAAAGUAAAUAACUGUACGGCUCUCAGUUUAUAAUGGCCGCUGUUGACAGCUUCCAGCUUUUGUAUCGAGAAAUUGCCAGAUCAUGCAGUUGUUAUGUGGAAACGCUCGCGCUCGUGGGUGCGUGUUACACAGUCAGCAAGGCUGUGAUAUUUAUGAGGGACUGCUAUAGCCUGAUAAGGCUUCAUUUUAUUCCUCGUCUUGUGUACCAUAGAGACCUUAGUCAGCAAUAUGGACAAUGGGCUCUUGUAUGUGGAGCUUCAGAGGCAAUAGCAAAAGCAUAUGCAGAGGAACUGGCAAGGCAUGGCAUCUGUGUGAUUCUAAUCAGCAGUGACAUCAGUAACUUGGCUGACACUGCCAAAGCCAUUUCAGACACUUACGGAGUAGAGACCAUUUUAAUUGAAGCUGAUUUCAGUCAGGGGCCCUUGGCCUUCAAACCUAUUAAAGAUGCCAUCAGUGGUAAAGAUAUUGGAUUCAUUGUUAACAGCCUGGAUGGGUCUCUGGACCACUCGCAAGACUUUACAGACCUCUCUGAAUCUGUAGUAUGGGAUACUAUCAAUAGAAAUAUAGUAGCUGCCACUCUUGUCACCCGCCUGGCACUGCCCGCUAUGGUGGAAAGGGGAAAAGGAGCAGUGGUCAACAUUUCUGCUGGCCGCUGCUUGCGUCCGACUUCCAGAAAGGCUGCUCUUUCUGCAUCUACGGCUUUUCUUGAUAACUUCAGUCGCUCUCUGCACUAUGAAUAUGGUCAUCGAGGAGUCUUUGUGCAGAGUUUGCUGCCUUUUAGAGUCUCAUCUCAAGGAUCUGAGGGUUAUAGUCCUGCUGGCUGGCUGGUGCCAAGCCCACAAGUGUAUGCCAGCCAUGCUCUUUCAACUCUGGGCGUCUCUCACCGAACCACAGGAUACUGGCCUCACACCAUAAAGUUUCGACUGGUGCAGUGCAUGCCAGAGUGGGUAUGGAUGCUGGGAUCACGCGUGUUUACAAGGGCCACCUGACAGGGAUGUUUCCCCUCCAUGUGAAGGACCUGGUUCAUGAAACUGAUGUUGCAGAGUUUAUUUUGACCAAGCUUAGAAUAACAUAAGUGAUUAAAGUGUUUAAAAUGGAAAUUGACUACUCCCCCUGCCCCUUUACCCCCUCAUACUGAGUUCUGAGUGAAAUGCCUCAGUUUUUCAGUAUAUUUGUUUGCACAAAACUUUUUUCUAAGUGGUUUGAAUGGUUGGAACAUGAUGACAAAUCUAUAAUGUUUAUGCACUACUGCUUUUUUCUUUAAUCCAUUCUUUAUGCAUUUUGCAAAGGUCAGAUUCAAAUAUUUAGAUAAAAAGGUUUUGUAAAUUAAGUAUUUAUAUCUGAUUCCAAGUGUUUUUGAGUAUACUGGCUAUACUCAGCAGUAAUAGAUCUUCAUUGUACCAUUAUAUAGCUAGUGUUUGGUUAUUGCAGUGUAUCUCAUUUAGUUGUUGCAACUAUGAAAUGAUCAAUAAAAAG